CAUUAUAACUACAUUUCACAUACCCAGACAUGAAUUACUUGAUACAGGCCGGAAAAGUCCGCCAGCAGGCGAUUACCUGCCCGGAAGGCCUUCCGGAAAUACUUGCGGACAUCACACGCGAGGUCCUGCGCUGCCAGCCAACAAAGGAAUGCCUCUGCCAGUUCAUAAUCGACUAUCUGCACUCUGUGAUUGUGACACGAGAGAAGGCCUUGGUUGCUAGAAGCAUCCUUGACCGCUCCCUGCGCCAAGUCGAGACCAUCAUCUCGGACCUGUGCGUCUGCGAUUUGACCAAAGAAAAGUCGGACAUGAUGGGACAGGUGCUGGAGGAUUGCUUCCGCAACUUUCUCGAACGGCGUCGCUGCGAGAUGCGCCGCGGCAAGGAGACAAUCAACUUGGAGGACAUCGACAUCUUCGAGGAGCUGCUGGAGAAGUGCAAGUUCUCCGAGGAGGAGCUGGCCAUAUCCCGCCCGGCCGUCGAGAGUGCCUACAAGCGCUUCGUGGAUGCCUACAUGGCGGCUGCCCGCGGCACCGACGGCACAGAGCUGCUCUACCAGUACUUCCGCGAUCGGGAGCUCAAGCGCAUUCGCGAGGCCAUGCGCGAGCAGUCGGCCACCAUCAUCCAGGCCGCCUGGCGCGGCUAUCUGGUGCGCGCCAACCUGCCGGAGCACAUAUGCACCUGCACCUGCAUGGUGGGGGAUGAGGCGGCUAACGUGGAGGACUUGCGCAGGGAGCACGCUGCUCGCGUCAUUCAGCGCUUCUUCCGCAAAUGCUUGACGCGCGUGGCCCUCAAGCCCAUUGUGGAUCCCUGUGGGGAGGUGACGGAAGCCUCCGAGCCAGACAGCCUCACACCGCCCGAAACGACGACGAAGGCCGAGCCACAAACGUACAAAUCGGCACCGACUCCUCCUCCGACUGCUGCGGAUACUGUCGCAGUCACUGCCCAGCAAUCGGAUGCCACGGUGCUCGCGGCUGUGUCACCAGAAGAGGAAGCCCCCGCUGCGGUGUCUGAAGCAGAAGCUCCAGAAUCAUUGGCUGAUGUUGCGGUCCCUGAGGAGCCGUCAGAAGCCGCCGUCGAAGAGGCCCCAGCAGCUGCUGAAGAAGAAGCUCCUCCAGCGCCAGAGGAGGCACUGUCAGGAGCAGCAGAGGAGCCACCAGCCGAGGAGGCAUCAGCAGCUCCCGAAGAGCCACCGCCACCCGAAGAUGAAGCCCCAGCCGCAGCUGAAGAGGAUGCGGAGCCUCCUCCACCUGAAGAGGCAUCCGCCGAGGCACCAGCCGAGGAAUAGAAUUUGAACGAAUUUAAUUCUGAUUUAUAAAUUUAUGUU